AUGGAUGGGGGCGUGUCAGAGACGGAUUUGGGGAUGGAUUUUAUUGAACAGUGGGAUUGGCAGCGGUUUAGGGAGGCCGAAAGUAUGGAGCUGGAGGAUGAAGAGGAUAGUGUGAUUCGAACGCAAGUGAGCGUUGAGAACGGAGAAAAGAUGAAUGAGACGACAAGAGAUGUUGGUCGGAUGGGAGGGGUUGGUGAGGUGGGUCAGGGGGGAUCACAAAGUAUGGGGUUAACACAGUAUGAUGGGCCGGCUGAUGAUGAGGUUGUGAUUGGGAAAAAUGGAUCGGUGUCAGAAAUUGGCAUUGACGAUGUUGAUGAGGGAUCGCGCCAAAUGAUUUUGCUCCAAUGCGAUGAUCAGGCUGUAUCCAUAUCGAAAACCAGUAGUGGAGAUGUCGAUGUGAGCUCUCGAUGUGAUGAUGAAGCAGCCUCAAAUCUACCUACGGAGGAAGGGUUGAACACAAACGCUCACGUGGCUCAAAAGCAAAGAAUGGUUACGGAAGAUGUUGAGCCGUACAAGGAAGAGAGUGGGGUGAUUUUGCAAAAAGGCGAUGAUACAGCAGAUGAGCAAGAAGACAAAGAGAUGAAUCUAGCUGGUGAUAAAAGCACUCCGGAAUUCCCUGGGGCCGAGAUUGGCAAUCAAGAAUUGGUCAAAGUUGAUGAAUCAGCUCUACUCGAGGAAACUCGUAAGAAUACUUCAGAGUCAAUCACAACAACUACUGAAAUGACAAUUGACUCUAGUCUCAUCGCGGAUGUCGAUCCUUUCGGGGGAAACAAGUCUUUUGAAGAACAAAUCUACCAAAAGUCAGAUGAUAAGAUCAAGGAUUCGGGCUUAGGCAGCGAGAAUAUUGCGUCGGAGGGGGGCGAUGACAUCUUGAACUCGGAAGAAGCCAUUACUGAGAUGGGAGCUGCGCCUGUAAUUGAUAAGCCUAUUGAUGGAGAGAACAAUCAAAUCGGAGGAAUUCGUGACAAUUUUCCAACUUCGAACAUCACUUGUUCCGAAACGGCUGUCGAGACUGAAAUGAUUGUCAACAAAGACGCACAUUCUGGAAACGAAGAUAUUGGUGCUGAAAGCAUUACCAGCGGCUGCCUGAGUAAUGAAGAUUUAAGGAGCCUUGAAGGGAAGCCAAGCUCGAUAUCUAUUAUGGAACAUUCACCUGCCAAAUCCGCACCCGGAGACAAUUUUUCUAGAGGAGUCCCGUCAAUAGAUGAGAGUAUCAUGAAUUCCGCGAAUAUGGAGAGUCUGUCAAAUCUCACGCAUAUUCAAGAUCUUGGAAUUCCUAAUCAACUACCUGUGGAGGAUGACAGCUUGGAUGAUGUUGAAUUGCCUUCACUUCCCAGAUUGAAAGCUCCAGUACAGCCAAGACAAGUAGAAAUUCCGGAUAGUGAUGCGAUCACAGAGCCAAGUCAACAUUCUCCGCAAAAACUCAGUCAUAAUAGGAAUACAUUCGAUAGCUCGGUGAAAUAUGGAAAGAAUGUGGAAAUGGCUAUAGGAGUCGAUGCGGUGGUCAGAGAAAAAAAUGAGAAUACGGAAGCCGAAGCCGAAGCCGAAGACCUUCUGAGCUCGUUUGGGAGAGAAUGUGCUACAAGCUCCAUAGACCCAAAGAAAAAUCUCAAAGAACUAGAAAUGAUGGAAUCUGAAACUCCACAGAAUGGUAUAGAUGAUUCAAAACAAAUUGAAAAGUCGGUUGGGCGUGUACCGAUUGGUUCUGCCGGGAAAGUGGAGGAAGAUUCUAGAUCCGACGAAGAUGACAUGGAUCUUCACCCGCUCUCUACUCAGACAUCACCUCAGAAACCAACAAAUAAGAGGGGUCGACCACCAGGAAUAAGAAGAUUUAAAAUGGCCAAUCGUCAAGCUGACGAAGAAAGUAUUGAGAGUAAAGAAGUGCUUGUCGAGGCUGAUUCAAAUAAGCCAUUGAGCGCGGAGGACGAGAAAAUCCUCAGUGUUACUAGUCAUGCGGCCGAGAAAAAGAAACGAGGCAGGCCAUCUACUAGGAAAAUUUCUACAUCAUCUGCCGAUGAGCUUGUCAACAAAUCAGAGGAAGCAACGAAACAUACAGCUUCUACAGAUGCCACAGGUGAUGAUUUCUCUCCGAAUAGCCCCGCACCCGAGAAGAAAAAGCGAGGACGACCAUCUAGUAGGAAGACCUCCUUGUUAUCUGCUGAUGAGCUUGCCAUAGAAGAUGAUAAAGCAGCUAUGGAUGUACCGGAAGGCUACGAAGCCACUUUCAUCAACAAUCCAGCCAAUCCACAUUCAUCUCCCAGAAGACCCCCAGAAGACAAGUUGUAUCCAAGUAGCCCUACACCUAAGAAGAGAAAACGCGGAAGGCCAUCGGGGAGAACAACUUCUAUCUUGCCUACCGUCACGAAUGAUGGUGACGAUCUUGAGAUGAAGACGGCUUUGAUGGAUGAAGAGACUAUACAUUUGAAUAUCGGUCACAAAUCGACAGAUGAGCCAGCUGCAAACUCUCCUCUUCAUAUCACGCAAGAAGAGAAGAGAAAAGGAAGACCGGCGGGUAGAAAGUCUUCAGGUUUGAUUCCUGAGAAGAAGUAUUCUGAGGGGCCAGACGAAAAAUUGGAUGAGUCAGAUGACCUGACAGCAAGAGCCUCAGUCAAGAUUGUUGAUAAUCAUGAUGAAUCCGAAAUCAACGAUACGGUCGAUGGAAUACCCACCAAUUCGUCUUCACCUGUCAAGAAAAAGAGAGGAAGACCAGCCAGUAGAAAAUCUUCCGGCUUGAGUCUCAAGACAACUAACACUGAAGAAGUUACCAGACAUGAUUCAAGUAAUGUUUCAGUGAUCAUUCCCAUAGAUAUUGAAACGGAACAAGCUACGCCUAGUCGAAACUCUACUGAAAAGCAUAUUGCUAUCCCAUCUUCAUCGGUCAAGAGAAAGAGAGGAAGGCCUGCAGGACGUAAAUCUUCUGGGAUCGAAGCAGAACAUACAGACGCUGAUGAGUUGUUAUACGAGACUUCACCAUUGCCUCACGGUGAUUUUAAUGUACAAGACACUACAGAUGGGGAAGCAAUUGAUGAUUCGGAUGAAAGCUCGGCUGUACGACCUAAAAAAAGAGGUCGAUCUGGUCGAAAAUUAUCUGAACUUAAUCCUGAGAAAAUACACGUCAACCAAGCUGUCAAUGAUAGCUCUGAAAUUAUUGCAACGGAAGGGACCUUUGAAAGCAUUGCUAAGGAGUCUAUAGGCGAUGUCAAUUCCACUGAUGAACUAGCUGAUCUCGAUUCCUCACCAGUGAAGAGGAUGAGAGGAAGACCUGCUAGCCGAAAGGUGUCUCGACUAAGUCCCAAAAAGACAACCAUUGACGAAGCUUCAGAAGAGACUCCAAUCACCCCAAAGAAUACUCUUACAGAUGCUGGUAUCCGCAAGCCUGUAUCCAGGACGCAAUCCGUUGAUGAGCCGCAAACUUUUGCCAAUACAUCACCAGAGAAGAAAAAGAGAGGUAGACAGGGUAGUCGCAAGGUCUCCGCGGUGACUAUUCCAAACAAGGGGUCCAUUAAACCUCCAGAAGCAAGUCAGGUGGACAUUGUAUCACAAGAGACCGUAGCCGCAAGCGUUGAUCAACCAGUUGUGGUCAUUUCUUCGCCAGAGAAAAGGAAAAGAGGUAGACCUUCCAAUCACAACUCUUCUAGUGUCAGUGCCGUAAACAAAGAUAUCAUUGAAACUGGCGAAGCGAGUUCUAGCAAUGCUGCCGCAAAAGCUUCCGACAAAGUUGUGGAUGUCGAUAUCAACGAACCUGCACCUGAUGCAAGCCUGCCGGUCAAUACUUCACCCGAGAAGAGAAAAAAAGGUCGACCUGCCCGCAAAGCUUCUAGCUUGAAUACCGAGAGUGCUACCAUAAAGAAUAAGUCAGAUGAUGUUGUUAGUAGUGGCAAGAAUAUCCCUACUGAGAUUGUCGACUCAGAUGAGGAAGAAGAUGCGCUGCUCAAUGAAUCGUCGCCUCCCAAGAAAUUUAAGCCAGAACCAAGGAAGAGAGGCCGACCAUCUGGAACUAAAGACUUGGGUGCCAGUACUGAAGACAUGAAAUCUGGCGAAGAAGAUUUGACAGAGGUAUUGAGCGCUAGGGCUAAGAGUGGUGAGACAAAUCAGAUGGAUACACAGAUUGAGGGAAAACCUUCGGCAUCAGAGAAGAAGAAACGAGGUCGACCCUCCGCAGCCAAAUCUAGGCGAAUCAGUAAUAGCGAUUCUGAUUCUGCAGAGGAAGAACAACAAUUACCCGACAAAGUUGAGCUUCGUAACAUUGAAAGUGAGGACUUUGAUGAGGAAGAAGCUGAUGGACAAGAAGAGCCGGUGAUUGAAAAAAAGAAAAGGGGAAGGCCAAGCUUACUCAAGAACAAAGGGAAGCAGAUUGCAAAAGCUGAAGAGCCUGCAGAUCAAGAUGUCAUUAUUAAUGAAAAGAUAUCUAUCGCCGGUGGUACUAAAGAUAAAGUAUCCGGAAGUCAGGUGUCCACAUCGUCAAACACUUCCUCCCAACGCCAAGAUGCGUUUUUAGCCGAGAUCAAAGCGAUGAAACUUACAUCAAUUCAAACACGCAAUGCGAAUCUCAAAGCCGAGAUUGCGCAAAAGCGCGAGAAAAUACAGGAAAUCACGGAAGGAUUGGAGAAACCGGCGAAGCAAACGGUCAAGAGACAUAUUAAGUUGUUGCAUGAUUAUAAUGAUAUCAAAGAUGUGGGACAGGGACUGCUGGGUAUGAUUGCUGAUAAUAGGGGUGUGAGGGUGGGGGAACUGUAUGAGGAAUUUGGGGUGGGGAUUGCGGAUUAG